CUGUUUACUGUCGCCUGUCAGCGUUUGGCUUUGGUAAUUAAUUAGGUUAUUUUGUUGACGUUGGCUAAAUUCUGGUCAUUAAUUUCAAAGGAAAAGAGAGUUUGAACAUAAGGAUCAGGCCGGUUUUAUGCAAAAUAAAUAGUUUUAUUGUAUUUAAAAGUGUUAACCUUAUUUGUUUCAAUUUUAUAUAUUUUUUAUGAAUAUAUUAUUAUUUUGGUUGUAAAUUUAGGUUAAAAAAUACACGUCAAGAACAGUAAAUUAUGAAUCACACUAAUGAGAGGAAAGUAGCUUUAAUCACAGGAAUUACUGGUCAAGAUGGUUCCUAUUUGGCAGAGUUUCUCUUGGAAAAGGGAUAUCAUGUUCAUGGAAUCAUACGACGAUCAAGUUCCUUCAACACUUCACGAAUCCAGCAUUUGUAUUCUAACCCUACAUCUCACAAAGAAGGAAGGAUGAAGCUACAUUAUGGAGAUAUGACAGAUAGCAGCUGUCUUGUUAAGAUAAUCAGUACAGUACGUCCAAGUGAAAUCUAUAAUUUAGCAGCGCAGAGCCAUGUAAAGGUAUCAUUUGAUUUGAGUGAGUAUACUGCAGAAGUUGACGCCGUGGGGACACUUCGGUUGUUGGAUGCUAUUAAAACAUGUCAGUUAGAAAAGAAUGUGAAAUUUUACCAAGCCUCUACAUCAGAACUUUAUGGAAAAGUUCAAGAAAUACCACAGAAAGAAACAACACCUUUUUACCCAAGAUCUCCCUAUGCUGUUGCCAAACUAUAUGCCUACUGGAUGGUGAUAAACUACAGAGAAGCGUACAACAUGUUUUGUUGUAACGGUAUACUGUUCAACCACGAGAGUCCACGCAGAGGGGAGAACUUUGUAACUCGUAAGAUCACAAGAUCAGUGGCUAAGAUACAUCUAGGUUUGAUGGAUUUCAUGGAACUCGGCAACUUAGAUUCCAAGCGUGACUGGGGCCAUGCCAAAGACUAUGUUGAAGCGAUGUGGAUGAUGCUCCAAUUGGAUCAACCAGAUGACUUUGUGAUUGCCACUGGAGACACCCACAGUGUACGAGAAUUCGUUGAAACAGCUUUUGCGUUUGUGGACCGUAAGAUCAUCUGGGAGGGCUCUGGAGUGGAGGAGGUUGGCAAAGAAGCAGAUACUGGCAUUGUGAGAGUCAGAAUUAAUCCCAAGUACUUCCGACCAACAGAAGUCGAUUUAUUGCUUGGUGAUGCUAGUAAAGCAAGAAAAACUUUUGGAUGGGCACCUCGAGUCACAUUUAAGGAACUGGUGAGAGAUAUGAUGCAAGCAGAUAUUGAUCUGAUGAAGAAGAAUCCGACUGCGUAAAACGAGCAUAGUUUGUUUUAUGUGUCCAGCAGCACAGUUUUUCAACGAGGGGAUUUUAAGUAACUUAAAGUAUUUAACUAUUUUUAAAAGGAAGUUUAAUUACAGAUUUGCAUGUGUUUCUAGGUUUAAAUUUUGUUAAAUUGAAUUCUAAGAUUUGUUAAUGUA